AACAUCGACUGUAUCGAAAUUAACUACUGUCUAAUCAAGGACUUUUACGGAAAUUGUCAAGUGGAUAAGAGUCUCUCAAGAUGUUAUCCGACUGUUUCUGGUUUUUAUUAUUGGGCAUAAUAUUUGUUACCGUACAGUCUCUUCCAACUGGAAUAGGAGAAGAUGCAAAAAAAAAAGAUCCAAUAUUAAGGCCAAAAGUCAAACGAACACAAGAACUUCUCAUGUUUGGCAAUCAACAACGCCAAGCGACGGAAAAUAACGAUGCAAAUAAUUUUUCGCCAUCAGCGGAAAAAAGAACGCUGAGUAAUUCCGGUUUGGAUGAUGAAAGCUCUUCACUUACCGAGUCUGAACAGCAGUCGCCCAGUCACUUGAAAGCCCUACCCAACAGUUAUGUAAUGGAUCAAUCCACUAUUCCGCUGCAUGAUAAGAGCUAUGAUGUUUCAUCUUAUUAUCAAGAGCCCCGGUAUAAACGAGAAUCGGAGAUUGACCCCGAGGAGUACCUCGCACUUCUCUCAUUUUACGAUAACGAACGCAGGAAUCGAGGAAAUUGGUUAAACUAUGGUAAUGAGGAGUACGAAAACGUCGAUGAUGCUAAUAUUAUCGGAGUCGACGACGAAGAUCCAAGAAGUUCCUCGUGGUUGGACAGCCCCUUAGGAUAUCCUCAGCAGCAUCGUUAUCUUACAAAUGAUCCUCUCCUAGGCUCAGACCUAGCUGCACUAGGACGCAAUAGACCCAACAACUACUAUGAACAAUAUCUGGGUCAGCAAUAUGGAGGCACAGGAGGCCAACAAUACGACGCUGGAGUGCAAUACGGCACACCUCAGUAUGGCAUCCCCUAUGUUCAACAGCAUGCCUAUUAUUCACCGGAAAAAAGGUUCAUGAUGAACCGAAAACGAUCACAGAAUUAUGAUUCCUACGGAGAUCGAAGCGGUAUAAUGUUGAACACCAGGGGCUAUCUCAAUUAUAAAAAUCGUUUACUCUACUAAAAGAAACAUAAUACAACGAUGUAUAAAAAUAUGAAUGGCA